AUGGACCGGGAACGGAGAAAGAUCCAAUCUCUAACUUUGGAGCUUUCUCCAGGCUGGGGCUGGGGGCUGUGUUUGCGCACCUGUGGAGGAGGGGAGCCAGCCCCAGGCUUGCUGAGCUCCAGAGAGGUGCGGGAGUCAGCAGAGAGGGACAAACUGCCUUGCUCGUGCCCAGAAGGCACUGUGAGGAGGCCCCCCAUCAAUGGGGUGGAGUGGCACUUCCCCGGAACCAGGGCGCAGGGAGUGGGACCCUUUAGAAAAUCUGGGUUUGAAUCCCAAACAAACCCCAAGGAGGUAGGGCUUCAGGGAAAGGAGAGCCAGUCCACAGUGGAGGCAAGACCCACAGUGGAGGCAGGACCCUCCUACACCAAGCCACACCCAUCCACGCUGGGAGGCCGGUUGGCUGCUGCUCUGAGAGCGGUGAAGUAUCCGGUGUCAUUUAGUGGAGGUCCGGACAGGCGCACCGGACAGCUUGGGCAUCUUGGAGCGCAGGUCCCCAGUACAGCCCCGGCCCCACGGGUCCAUCCUCCUCCCCCGCACCGAGAGCGGUCCCUCCCACUGCGCCUGCUUGCUCCUUGCCCACGCCUCCCGCUGCCUCCGCCCCCUCACAAGGGGCCCCCCUGCGUGGUCCCAGCCGGCGCUCGCUUCGCCGCCGCCCCGCCAGCCGUCGGCGCUCCGCUCCCGUGGGUCCGCGCUCCUCGCCUCCUUUCCCGCCCUCGCGUUCUGGACUCGGUAGGCUCCACGCCCUGCGAUCGCACCCGCCUCUUGGCCCCUGAGAGCACGCGCUCCCCGCUGACGCGGAGGCGCCGCUGUCCCCGCCGCCGCCACGGCCAACACGGGUCCCUCGCGCCGCGGCCGCCGCGGCCGCCGCCGCCGCCGCCGCCGCCGCGCCGCCGAUGCCACUGCCGCCGCGGCCCCGGCAAUACGCCCUUCGACCCCGACAGCCGGGCGCCGCCCAGAGCGCCCACCUCGCGCGGGCGGCGCUCGCUGGUGCACUACCUCAAGGACCGCGAGGUGGGCGCUCUGGGCGGCGCCUGGCUGUCGGGCUCGAAGGGCGAAUUGCCCGGCUACGCGGUGCAGAAGCUGCCCGAACUCUUGAGGGAGCGCGAGCUGGCCCUGGGCACCCUCAACAAGGUGUUCGCGUCGCAGUGGCUGAACGCCAGGCAGGUCGUGUGCGGCACCAAAUGUAACACCCUCUUCGUGGUGGACGUGCACUCGGGGCAAAUCACGCGCAUCCCCCUGAUGCGGGACCGGGGGCCCUGGCUGGCCCGGGCCCAGCCGAGCUGCGGCAUCCACGCCAUCGAGCUGAGUCCCUCCAAGACGCUUCUGGCCACCGGGGGAGAGAAUCCCAACAGCCUGGCCGUCUACCAGCUGCCCACCCUGGACCCCGUGUGCCUGGGCGACCGCCACGGCCAUAAGGACUGGAUCUUCACCAUCGCCUGGAUGAGCGAUACAGUGGUUGUGAGCGGCUCCCGCGACGGCACUGUGGCUCUGUGGCAGAUGGACCCCGACAUGUUCAAUGGCAGCAUCUCCUGGCAGAAUGACGCGGGGCUUCCUGUGUACACCCACAUCCGUCCUAGGGACAUGGAGACCAUCCCCAGGUCCAGCACCAGCCCCACUAACCACAAGGUGCGGGCCUUGGCCUUCAGCGGCAAGAACCAGGAGCUGGGAGCCGUGUCCCUGGACGGCUACUUCCACCUGUGGAAAGCCCGGAGCACUCUGUCUAGGCUGCUGUCCAUCAGGCUCCCCUACUGCCGUGACAACGUGUGCCUGACCUACUGCGAAGAGUUGUCCCUGUACGCGGUGGGCUCUCAGUCCCAUGUCUCCUUCCUAGAUCCGCGCCAGGGUCACCAAAACAUCAGACCCCUGUGCUCCCGAGACGGCGGCAUGGGCGUGCGCUCGCUGAGUUUCUACCAAUACAUCAUUACCGUGGGCACGGGCCAUGGCUCCCUGCUCUUUUAUGACAUCCGUGCCCAGAAGUUCCUGGAGGAGAGGGCGUCGGGCAGCCCAGACUCCUGUCCUGGGCCCUCAGGAAGGAAGCUCAAGCUCACCUGUGGCAGAGGCUGGCUCAACCACGAUGACCUGUGGGUGAACUACUUUGGUCGUAUAGAUGAUUUCCCCAACGCGCUCUACACCCACUGCUACAACUGGCCUGAGAUGAAGCUCUUCGUGGCUGGAGGGCCUCUCCCUUCAGGCCUCCACGGGAACUACGCAGGCCUCUGGAGCUAAAGAUGGCCAAUGUAUUCUCAAAGUGCCCAGAUUUACUUUCCAGUCCCCUCUCACUUUCUUUUUCACGCUGUGUUUUGUGCUUUUUAACUCAGUGUGGCAUUUGUCUUCCAGGUUGAAAGUGCCAAAUUUGCCUGUCCUUAGUGUAUGAGAGAGAGAGAGGUGUCCUUCAGGCAAUCAAAACUUGGCUUUAAUACCCUUUUACACCUUUGCAAACCAUCUUUUUGAAAUCACAUCACAAAGAGUUUUGGCUAAGUCUUAGUUGUCUUUUUUGAGUUACAUAUUCUCUUUUUUUUUUAAUGUUUAUUUUUGACAGGGAGAGAGACAGAGCAUGAGCGGGGGAGGGGCAGAGAGAGAGAGGGAGACACAAUGUGAAGCAGGGUCCAGGCUCUGAGCUGUCAGCACAGAGCCGGAUGCUGGACUCCAACUCACAGUCCGUGAGAUCAUGACAUGAGCCGAAGUCGGAUGCUCAACCGACUGAGCCACCCAGGUGCCCCAACAUAUUCUCUCUUUUUAAUGCUAUGCAGUCAUGGUUUGAGUUCUGUGUAUUUUCCUUUUCUUUGUUUUCCAUUGUCAGUAUUGCAACUAUACUGUGUUUAGUUAUUUUUCAUUGCAGAUAGAUGGUAUAUUAAGAACAUGCUUAAAAACAGGGUUUCUAAUCUGUUCUGGAAAGUUAGCAAUCGUUUUAUAAAGCAUUGUUGCAAUUGGAAAAUAUAUUCCAAAUUCUACAUUAUCAACUUUGGAAACAUUCCAUUUGCAAAUUGUAAUCGUAGGUGUUUAUAGUUUCUAAGUUGUUGUUGCUAAACAUACUUUUUAGAAAAUUUUUCUCCUUAAAAAAAAAAAGUCAUAGAAUCUUGUCUUUUUACUAAAAUCUCAGUUUGUCAUAACACUUUAAGAAUGCAAGGGUUUUAUUGGUUGAAUGUUCAGAAUUACUCUGAAAACCCAAUUGAUCUUUUUCUCCUUCAAUCCUUAUUUAAUUUUUAAUGACCUGUUGUUAAAUAAAUAAACAAAUGUGUAUUUUUUCACUUCUUGCCUUAGUACUAUCAAAAUUUGUGAAUUUAUUUGAAUGCUUGUUGUUUAAAGAACUUGCACAGAGUUGAAGUGCCACCAUUCAACGCAGGGAUUCUAAGUAUAAAAAUGUAGAAUGUAUGGCAGGUUGGGGAGAGUGUAUACCAAUCCAAGAUAUAGACUGGAUAUUUUUGCUGUUGCUGUUUUUAAUACCAAAUAUUAUAUUUCAUUAUAUUUUAAAUUUUCUAAUUCUGCUGAAUAGUUAACACAAGAAAAACUGUAAAGGACAAAAAAAUGAUCCCAGUCCCUGCUCCUUCUGAAAAAGAUGCUUAAGUUUAAAGUCCAGAUUAGUAAGAUUUUAUUUUGUGAAUUUCAAAGAUUCUUACCUAAAGUAGAAGAAAUAUAUUAUUAAAAAGUAGUGAUGUUAUAGCCCUCAAUGUAAUAAUAUACUGCUACCAAGGACACAGGAAGUUUGUUUCAAGAAGGUGGUCUGGAGAUUAAAGUAAAUGGGAUUUGGUUGAAGAAAAUUCCUUUGGGAUCAGAUAUAAAUGAUAUUAUGUUAAGAAAAAUAGUUUGUAUUUUUCCAUAUAUGAGAAACUUCCUCAAAACUGGCCAGGUUGUGCUGACCUUGGAUUAGUUUUGUGGCAUGUCUGUUUUUUCUUAAAUGUUUUGGCACUCAGAUGCUGCCUUGGUAUCCGUUCACUACAUGCUGUUCAGUUGCAAAUCUGAACCAAGUAAUAUAGUGAAUGGUACUAAAAAUGAAUUAAGAAAUACAGAAAAAAUAAGAUUUUGUUUACAUAGAUUGUCUUAGGUUUAUAUAGUUGUUGUUAUAUAGCAAUAAAUUGUAUUUGUGUGCAUGUAUGUGUCUCCAACUCAGUCAUAACUGUUUUGAGAGCAGAGAAUAUAAUUGUCAUCUUUAUAUUCUCUCAUUUCUCUGGUAAUGCCUAACAAAUCAUAGGCAAUCAGUAAAUAUUUACUGAAUGAAUGUAUUUCCCUCUGGAGACCUAAUGUUCAAGACUGUGAAAAAUAAAUAAAUGUAUAAACACAUAAAUAAAA